CUGGCGCUGGCUGUCGAUCUAUAGCUCUAUCUGCUACAGCCCGCGUGUGUGUCUCUGCAAGCUCCGUCCCACCCUGUCCUUUCUAGUCAAAUGGCUCGGCUCCUUGCCUUUCGUCCCUUUCAGCUGGCCACCCUGCUCCGGGCUGUCUGGCCGUCCACGAGAUGGCCGAGCCUCAUCUUUUUCUCUCCUCCCUCAUUCCGGAGUACGCCACCGCUGCCAGCGAUUGUUCUCACCUACUGUGCAUUCAUGUCGGCAGGCGCCGAUUUUCGCUUUUUCUGGCCGAUCGUCGGGGGCAACUUUUUUUCCCCUGCCGCAUUCGGAAAGACCGGGGGGCAACACAGAAAAAAAGCUCAGCUCGGAUCUCGGUUUUUAUCUUCCGCUUUCCGUUUGCCGUUGGGCUGCGACACGUCUUGUCUGUCUAAAUUCUGUUUUUCUCGGGUUUUCGCUUUUACCAUUUUUGAAUUUUUUAAUUUUUUUGAUUUUUGCGAGCUGCGGCUCCGUGAAAGGGCGGCCGGACAGUACAGUCAGUACAGCAGGGAAGGAGAGCCGUCUGGCGGCGGUGGUUGAACACGGAUUGUCUGUUUGCUGAGUUUCUGCUGUCACUGCUUAUAUCCGGGUUUCGGGUUUCAGCAGGAGGGGGAUUCUCAUCUACACACACACAAACACUAGUUGGCUGUUGUCGUCUAGCUGAACUUUGCCUGGUCCGAUUGUUGUUGCUGUU